AUGGUUAUCCCAGGAGGUCUUCACAAUGUCAAGCCAGCCGAUGCUGAAGUAGUCAGUGUUGUCAAACAAGUCAAACCAUUACUCGAAGCUAGACUUGGUCAAUCAUUGGAUAUUCUUGAACCAAUUUCAUAUUGUACUCAAACUGUUGCUGGAACCAACUAUUUUGUAAAGGUUAAAAUUCCAGAAGGAUAUGCUCAUCUCAGACUCUACAAGGAUAAUAAUGAUAGUAAUAAUAAUACUCAAUUUAUCUAUGAACGACCAAGUAUUAAAACAACUUGCUACGAACAAGAAUUUUCAGAGUUGACAGAUUCCCAGAAAACAUACUUUAUCAUACAGAUAAACCAAUCACCUCUACUCUCAUCACUCAACGAUGUGGCAAAGAUGGGCAUUCCAAUUAAAACCAUCCUUGACAUGAUCUUUAUCCCAAUCGAAGAUGCAAAAGUUUGGUACAAAGACUCCAUUAAAAGAACAAAUGAUUGGCUUGAUGCGUUGGCUCGAUUACUCGGUCUAGACCAAGAGAACGGUAGACAACCAUGA